AAGACCUACGAGGAGGCAACCAGUCGAUUUCUCAUUCUAUUCGAAGAGAUCAGACAAUGGGAAAGGCUCAGUCUCAAAAGUCGACUCUCGCACGACUCAAGUCGUCGCUGUCGAGCGCUGGAAUCACCGGCCCUUCCGUCGGCAAGAAGCAGAAGAAGAAGGGACCGGCGCAGAACAAGGAGGAUAGGGAAAAGGCCCUGAACAGGAUCCGCGAGCGAUUCCAGCCAUAUGAGAUCAAAACCAACAAAGUCAAGUAUGACAUCGGUGGUCGGAAGCAGAAGGGUCAGGAGGGUCGUCCGGGGUUGUCCAAGGCUGUCGGAGAGGAAAACAGAAAGAAAGAAUUGUUGCCACAAUUACUGAGAAGGAACAAGGUUGGAGGGUUGGUCGAUAAACGUUUCGGUGAGAACAACGCGAAUUUGACACCGGAGGAGAAGAUGUUGGAGCGUUUCACUCGGGAGAAGCAGAAGAAGACCAAGGGAUCUAUGUUCAACCUCGAGGAUGAAGACUCGCUUACGCAUUUUGGACAAUCCCUCGCGGAUAUGGAUGACCUUAACGGCCCACCGAUGGGUAUGAGCGAGGAUGAGGACGAAGGACCCAUGCACGCCCAAUUCGGCGGUUUCUCGGACGACGACGAAGAAGACCCCGACCAACCCGAACGCAAGAAGUCAAAGCGCGAAGUCAUGCAAGAAGUCAUCGCCAAAUCCAAACUCUACAAAUUCGAACGUCAAAAGCAACAAGACGAAGACGACGCCGAACGUGAGGCUUUGGAUGCCGAGUUGGAUGAUAUUCGGAUGUUGUUGGCUGGCACGGAGGGAACUGGGAUUAACCCAGAGCGUCAGGCUAUGUUGAGGGGAGAGAAGGUCGUGAAGACGGCGGAGGAUGUAGCGUAUGACGCCGCUGUUCGCGAGAUGGUCUACGACCGCCGUGCACGCCCCUCGGACCGUACGAAGACCGAAGACGAGCUUGCCGAGGAGGAAGCUGAGAAACUCCAGAAACUCGAAGCCUCACGGUUGAGGCGUAUGAGAGGUGAGGAGAGCGAUGAGGACGAGGGAGGGAACAAGAGGAACAGGAGAGCACAGGCGGAUGAUUUGGAGGAUGAUUUCGUGCCGGAUGAUGAGGAAGAGGAGGGCAAUAAGUUUGGGCUUGGAAGGGGAAUCGAGGCUGCGCAGGAGUUGUUGGAGAGGUAUGAGGAUGGGGAGGAUGACGAUGAAGAGGAGGAUGACGACGAUGAGGAGAUGGAGGGCAGUGAGGACGAGGAUGACGACGACCAGGCGGAAUACGAGUCCGGCAGCGAGUCCGACAUGGAAGACCUCGAGCUCGACGAAGAACCCGUUAUCAAGAAGGGCUCCUCAUCCGCCGUCGUCGAAGAAGCAUCGACACCAAAACCCAAGCUUAAGAAGUUCACAGAGGAAAAGCCAGCUGGUUUGGCAUAUACCUACCCCUGCCCUCGUACCUACGACGAACUCGCCGCUAUCCUCUCCACCGUCUCUGAUACCGACAUUCCCGUUGUGGUUCACCGUAUCCGCGUCCUUCACCACCCUAAGCUCCACCCCGAAAACAAAGCUAAGCUCCUCGCUUUCGUUCCGAUUUUGUUGGAUUACACGCUUGAUUUGGCGAAGGAGGACGUUGUUAGGUGGGCUAUUGUCGAGGGGAUGGCGAAGCAUUUGCAUGGACUUGGUAAUCAGUUCCCGGAGGCUAUGACGGAGGCGUUUAGAGAUCAAUUGAAGGAGAUGAGGGAGAGGUUCGUGAAGUCCUCCGGUCUUGAGCCGGCUCUUGCUGCGAAGGUGUUCCCAAGACGUUCGGAUUUGGUUCUCUUUACGAUUUUGGGAACGGUGUUCCCGACGUCUGAUCAUCACCAUAUGAUUGUGACUCCGGCAGCAUUGCUGAUGGGACAGUUCUUGGCGCAGACUAAGACGACGACGGUACAGAAUUUGGCGACCGGGUUGUUCGUUGCGACGCUUUUUGUGCAGUACCAGAGAUUAUCUAAGAGAAUCGUUCCGGAGGCGCUGAAUUUCGCGUGUUUGGCACUGGCACAGCUCGCUCCCACCGCAGUCGAGCCUGUUCCGGGGACGUUCCCUGUUACUGGUGAUGUUAGUUUCUUGGCGAUUAAGCAGAAGAGUCAAGAGUUGAGGAAGAUGAAGUUCGAGGAUGCGUUUGUUGCGCGGGUCGAGGAUGAGGGUGCGAUGAAGGCGAGCUUGGUCGGCGUUGCUGUUGAUGUUAUUACACAGUUCGCGGAUCUGUGGAAGGGUGCGCCUGCGUUUGUGGAGAUCUUUGAUCCGUGUGUUGCGAUGUUGGAUCACUACCUCGCCCCGAAGAACGCGAAGCUCUUGCCGGCGGAGCUGGUGAACAAAAUCCAACGCGAGCGGGAUACGAUUGCCAAGCUGUGCAAGUUUGCUCGCCAAGAGCGGAAGCCUCUCGCUAUGCAAGCUCACCGCCCCGUCGCCAUCGCCACCUACUUGCCCAAAUUCGAAGAGCACUACUCCCUCGACAAGAAAUCCUACGACCCCGACCGCGAGCGUGCCCAGCUUGGCAAGUUGCAGGCUGAACACCGUCGUGAGAAGAAGGGUGCGAUUCGUGAGUUGCGCAAGGACAACGCUUUCUUGGCGCGUGAACAGAUUAAGACGCAGAAGGCGAAGGAUCAGGCGUAUGAGGUGAAGAUGCGGAAGGUGCAUGGAAGUUUGCAGGUUGAGCAGGCGGAGAAGAAGGAGCAGGAGAGGAUGAAGAGGAGGAUGAAGAACAAGAACUAAUUGACUUCUUAGAUUGGGUACAGGUCAUUGGAUGAUAUUUAUAGCUACUUGCCCAAACCUUUGGAACUCUACAUGAGCCUGGGCAUACAUACACAUUCCUCCUCUCCAGUUGUUCCCGCGGUGCUCGAGCUUCUCGCCGCG